AUGGAACACUACAUGCCAGAAAUUUUCUGGCAUGACAGAAAGGCAAUAUUAUCAGUAGAUAGUCACCCAGUGGUUGAAGAUGGAGCUUAUAGAAUAGUUACAGCCAGUGUCCAGAAAGAGGUUCGUAUUUGGCGAUUUGAGUAUGAGCAGUGUGCUAAAUCACAUUUCUUAGCGAAUCUUGUUGGACAUAACGUAGCUAUAAACGAAGUGAAAUUCAGCCCAAAUCCUGAGCUGAAUUUCCUCGCAUCUGGAGAUUCGGAUGGGCGCAUAGCAGUAUGGCAGCUGUCUGAUACGCCAAAUGUUGCACCUGCCAUAGACGAUUUACCUCCUAACAAAGAGAACUGGGUCCGAAUUAGAUUUCCAAAUGACGAGUCUCUUUUGGUACACGAUGUGACAACAGGCAAGCGAUGUGUGACAGUCCGCAACCUAAGGCACUUCCCUAAUGGUGUAGCAUGGGAUCCUAAGGGAAGAUAUCUUGUAACAAUGUCAACUGAUCGCAAAAUGGAUAUACUAGAUGCAACCAAAGGUACUCGGUUACGGAUGUUUGGAGUGUCCGCUUUACCAGCAGUCUCCAUUGGUGAUGUACCUCUGGAACAUAAGGUCUACAAACUUUUCCAUGACGAUCAGCUGAUGAGUUUUCAACGAGGGGUGGCUUUUUCACCAUGUGGACAGCUCAUAAUUGCUCCGUGUGCGAAUCUGGAAGUUCAUACUCAUGAACUUUUCGGAACGUAUAUCUUCAAAAGGAGUGAAUUAGAAAGCGAUAAACCGUUUGCUUUUCUGCCAUGUCCAAAAGCUACAUUUCUAAUAAGGUGCUGCCCAUUAUUAAUGACCCUUCAAAAGGAUACAGAGAACUAUACAGGGCUUCCAUAUCGAAUAUUAUGGUUGGCCCUUACCAAGGAUACUGUAUAUUUAUACGACAGCCAGCAUCCUAAUCCGAUCGGUCUUGUGGAGAAUAUACAGUACAAUAGUUUAACAGAUGCCGCUUGGAGUGCUGAUGGAAAGAAUAUCAUAAUUUCGUCACUAGAAGGAUAUUGUACAUUCCUGAAACUCACUGUCGAACAGUGGGGAUGCACGAUCGAAAAAGAGCAGGUAGAGGAAUGUCCACCUUCUCCACAACUUAUCCAAACAAAGAAAAGGAAACCCAGGGAGAAGAAAAACAAAGAGAGUAAAAAUGAAGAGAACUGUGCGACACCGGCGCCAGCACCUAAAACGACGCCUCUACGGCCAGCACAACCUCAGGUGACCACACCGAGAUCAGGGAGCCUUUUUCGAUAUCUCCAAACGAAGGGUGAAGAAUCCCCUCGCUCCGCUACCGAACCAGGGAGUCCCACUACUCCGUCAAGGCCGAUCGUUGACGAUUCCGUGAACCCUCCGAAAGUGAAGAAGAGAAUUCAGCUAAUUACAUUGACAGAAUAG